CUACACAUAUUUCAAAGUCGAUUCUACCGUUCCCCCGAAGUGAUUUUGGGCAUGAACUAUCACAUGGCCAUUGACAUGUGGAGUUUGGGUUGUAUUCUGGCGGAGCUGUUCACAGGUUUUCCAAUCUUUCCUGGUGAGAAUGAACAAGAACAGCUGUCGUGCAUAAUGGAGGUUCUGGGUAUCCCGGAUAAAGAAUUUGUGAACAAGAGUUCGCGCAAGAAGUUGUUCUUCGAUCCAAACGGUGCCCCCCGAGUUGUUGUCAACUCAAAGGGUCGGCGAAGACGACCUGGUACGAAGACGCUGGCCCAAGUGCUGCGGUGCACCGAUGAAGACUUCAUUGACUUCAUAGCGAAAUGCCUCAUUUGGGAUCCGGAGCGACGGAUAAAGCCGCAAGCCGCACUGCGCCAUCCGUUUGUAGUAGCCGGGAAACGGCCUCGACCGUUGGCAACCCCGGCAGCGACGCUCAGAGCUGGGUCCUCGUCCAACCUAGCUGCCUCGACUCUUGGCAGCAGCCGAACAAAGCACGUGAUGGAGACUCCCAAAAAGUCGCUGAUCAGUGCGCCACGCCGUUGACGGCGCGGACUUCGCGAACGACGACCUCGGGCAAUGUACCCACAACCCCCAGCAACUCUUCGCAGCCAUCCACCGUCGGCUCCUCGCGGUCAUAUCGAGCAAGUCAAAGCCAGAGUCUGUCGACUUACCACUCGAGCAGGACGGUUACUGCUGGGAAGUAGUCAUACCCUCCUUUGUACCUCUUAUUGUGCUUUCUGUUGUCGUUUUCAAUUCUCUAGCGCUUAUUCUACUUAAUCAAUUCACCUCGAUUUGGUACACAAAUGACAUGUCACGGGUCGCCCUCGUCAGUAUCGAUCCAUUGGUCUA